AUGCAGGGACCGAGACCAGUGGUUCUGAGUGGCCCAUCGGGUGCAGGGAAGAGCACUUUGUUAAAGAAAUUGCUUAAAGAUUACGAGAACAUCUUCGGCUUCAGCGUCUCCCAUACCACAAGGCAGCCAAGACCCGGAGAAGUAAAUGGCAAAGAUUACCACUUUGUGACCAGAGAGGAAAUGCAGAAAGAAAUUGAUGCUGGUGAAUUCAUCGAGCACGCAGAGUUCUCUGGAAAUAUGUACGGGACGAGUAAAGGUGCAGUGCAGGCUGUUCAGGCCCAGAACCAGAUCUGCGUCCUCGACAUCGACAUCCAGGGCGUGAAGAACAUCAAGAGGACAGACCUGAACCCCAUCUACAUCUCCGUGCAGCCUCCGUCCAUAGACAUCUUGGAAAAAAGACUACGUGACCGAAAGACUGAGACAGAAGAAAGUUUACUGAAGCGUUUGACUGCAGCCCGCGUCGAUUUGGAACUUAGUAAAGAGCCUGGCCUGUUUGACUUGGUCAUUAUUAAUGAUGAUUUAGAAAAAGCCUAUUCCGAAUUGAAGGAGAUGCUCCUGGAGGAAAUCAAGAAGACCCAAGAAUCCAGGAAUUCCUGAGCUGAGCCUGCUUGGACGUUUCAACUUUGCACAUCAUUCCUGAAGCGCGUCACACCAUUUUAUUCUGAGAGACAUUCCCUUUAGGCUGAUCCUCCUCCCAAGUUACUCUAGGAUGUUUCUAUUAAAAGGAAAGAAA